GGGGCGGAGUCUCACAGUGCAGGAAGAGAAGUGCGCAAUUGUUUUUCGAGCUCAUCUGUCAUAGAUUAAACACAUUUAAUAAACACACUCUCUCAAACACACACACACAGACACACACCAGAAUACACUCGAUAUGGCGCUGAACAGCAAUCACCAUCCUAACGGAGGAGUUCUGAUCAACACCGGAGAAAGCAUCUUACGAGACUGUAAAAACGUGGAGCUCUCCUUCAGUGAUGUCACUCCCAAGAACGAAGUCUUCAGGGGAACCAAGAAGGGCUCCGUCUACCUCACCCAAUACAGAGUGUUGUUUGUGAGCAGUCACAUGAAAGAGAAGUUCUGCUCCUUCAUGUUUCCGUAUUACCUGAUGAAGAACUGCAGUAUUGAACAGCCCGUGUUUGCUGCAAACUACAUCCAGGGCCUGAUCAAAGCUGAGGCCGGAGGUGGCUGGGAAGGUCAAGCAAACUUCAAGAUGUGUUUCCCGAGUGGAGGCGCCAUCGAGCUGGGACAACAUCUCUUUAAACUGGCCAGUAACGCGUCUCGGGCCCCUGUGAGUUAUAACAGUAACGGAGCGUUCGGAUUGGCCGGAGGGAUGAAUGGAUACGCGAGUCCCGUCAUGCCGCAGCCGUACCCGUAUCCCAGCAUGCCACAGGCCGGCUUCACCCACCCCCCAGGUGUGUAUCCCAGUGCUCCUGUGUACAUGCCCCCGCCCCCCCCAUACCCCGGACCUCCUCAGGACUGGUGUGUCCCUCCAGUCGCUCCGGGUAACGCCAAGGCUGCAGAGGCGGCCAGCAGUGCCUUUUACAAUCCCAGCAACCCUCACGGCGUCUACAUGCCCACGGAUCAACCUCCUCCGUAUUAUCCACCAGAAUACCCAAACAAGAAGAACAACUGAAGCACGUCUUCAUGAUGUCAUCUGAAUGUGUGUGUUGGAUACAGACACACUUUUAUAUUUCCAUUAACAAGACACAGAUUUCACUCUAAUUUAACAAUUAACCCUUUCUAGGAUUUCUGUUUCUGCUAACGGUGCAUAUCUGUCAUGAUGUAAUAAUAAUAAUAAUAAUAAUAUGAUGUAAUCCAGAUGUAAUGCUUUUGAGAUUUUGUACACUUAAGAUAAAAAUGAAUCAUUUUCUCUCUCGAUGACUUCAGAGUGCGUGUGUGUGUAAGAAGUGGCGUGUAAACGAUGUGUAUUCUUAUUUUUGAACUGGACGGUUGUUUAAUAAAUACGAGAAAUCUA